UCUCACUGGAAAUUCUACAGCUCGACGCGGAGCACAAGUUUGUCUACUCCACGGCCAACGAUCCUGUCGAUGAAUGCUCUUUCGGCUCUGCAUGGCAUACUGUACGAUCUGAAUACGCUCAUGCGCGUCCACUACACUGCUGCCCUGACGCCACAUUCGCUAAUAUGUACCGCUUGGAGGCACACAUUUGACUUCUGGACACAUUGAUCAGUUUUCUCAGCACAUUGCUCAUCGAUCGCACCUUUAUUAAGUCAUGACUUGCCAAAUAGAUGACCACAUCGGACAGUUCGAGCAUCUCACAAUUCUCAUUUUAGCAUCAACGUCUGACUCCUCACAUUGACUAUCUGUCAUGUCUUCGACCCCGUAUCCGAUUGAUGACGGAGUCAAGAAGGUAGACAGAAAUGGUAACGACGGGAGCUCUAAUGGGAAUAUACCCUUCCAAGACAUCGCGUACAUCUCACAACAAAUACAAGAGAUCAUCAGUCAUGUGGGAGCCUGGAGCCCAGCUUCUACGAGUGAAGAGCCAUCGGUUGUGGCUGUAGAGAAUGAACAAGUCUGUCUCUGCUCGACAGGUCUCACUGUCGUCUGUUCGUGCCACCGGGCAGUCUUCGUACUUCAUCCUCAACAAAUCUCCUCAGCCAAUGCUGUACACCCGCUCGAUAGGUUUGCCAACGCACCACUUUCCGAACUUCCCUUUAGCCUUCCAGGUCUUGGUCGAAAUGGCAGGCCGCCUGCAGCUCAUAGUGCUGAUGCGAUGAUGGUAUCGGAGGUUCAGAAAGGGGGAAAUGCGGCAGCAAGGAACGAUCGUGUCGCUAGUGCAUGA